AUGCGGUUUCUCCAGGCAGGCUACCAAGCAGUCCUAGUUGCUACUCUUGGUGGCUUUACUGCGGCGUCCAGCUCCAGAAAUCAAUCCUACGAUUACAUUGUUGUCGGCGGAGGACCUGCAGGUAUCAUCACCGCGGAGCGAUUUGUUGAGGCUGGCAAGAAGGUCCUCCUACUUGAACGUGGUGUUGGUCCAACCGUUGAAACCGGAGCGAACGAGACUCUGCCCUGGAAUCACGCUCUGACGCCAAUUGAUUUACCUGGCCUGUCUGCGGAUAUUGGAAACACUAAUCAGUGGAAUGAGUACAUUUGCACCGAUACCGAGGGAACUGCCGCCUGUGUCUUAGGUGGCGGAGUAACCCUGAACUAUAUGGUCUUCGUGCACCCUCCCGAGCACGACUUCGAUGAUAACAACAACUGGCCUACGGGAUGGAAGUGGAACGACCUCAAGCCUGCGGCAGAGCGGCUUUACCAGCGCAACCCUGGUAGCACUCUGCCUUCUGCUGAUGGCAAACGUUACGACCAGGGCCUCUACACCGUUCUCUCCAACUUUUUCAGCAACAUUGGUUGGAAGUCUGUUGACAUGAGCGCCCAGCCUAACGAGAAGUACCAAGCCUAUAGCUAUCCGGCUUGGAACCUCAAGGACCAGAAGCGUGCUGGCCCCGUUCGCACCUACCUGCCUCUGGUCCAGAAGAACGAGAACUUCUCGCUGCGCCUCCGUGCUAAGGUGCUUCGUGUUGUGCGUGAUGGUAGCAAGGUGACCGGUGUCGAACUGCAGCUCGCUUCCGGCAAGACUGAAAUCGUUCCCCUUGCUCCGAAUGGCCGUGUCGUGCUUGCUGCCGGUGCUCUCUCCACCCCUCGUCUUCUCUUCAACUCUGGAAUCGGACCUAAGAAGCAGAUCGAAAACGCCCAGAAGGGCGGUAUCAACGUUCCUUCAGAGGAGCAGUGGCUCGACCUGCCCGUUGGUGUUGGCCUUCGUGAUCACCCCAUCUUCCCUAUCUCCGUCCAGACCAACGGCUCUUUUGGCAUUCCCAACUAUGACCGCAUCCUGAAUGGCACCGACUAUAACGACAUCGCACUUUACCGCCAAGGAAACGGUCUUCUGACCCAGGGCAAGCACCGCAUGAUCUUCUUCACCAGCAACGAAAUCGACGGACAGACUCGCUACUACCAAGGUUCUUGUGCUCCCAAUGCUAACUCUAAACUUGACAUCACCGCCUACAUGACACAUGGCGCCACCUCUACCGGAGUUCUGGGCAUUGACACGACCCAGAAGACUGUCUUUGAACAGUCUCCUUACUUGCAGACCCAGGAGGACAAGGUCGCGGCCCGCGCGUUUGUCCAGCAGAUGAUCAACGACAUCACUGCCCCCGGAACCGGUCUUCAAUUGAUCACCAACCUUAACGCUUCGGCGAUUAUCGAUGCCAUGACUGUUGGCAUUCAUUACACAAGCACCGCUAAGAUGGGUACCGAUAGUGGUCUUCACGGUGGCUCCUCUGUUGUGGAUACUAACACCAAGGUUUACGGCAUGGACAAUCUGGUAAAUUUUCAUUCUCUCAUUCUCCUCUUCGAAAUGCAAGCUAAUCGCAAUGCCUACAGUAUGUCGUCGAUGGUAGUAUCCACCCUGAUCUGCCUACCGGUAACAUCCAGAGCACCAUCAUGA